GAGUCUGAAGUCUAAACACUGUUGGAGCAUGAAGAAUCUCUAAGAAAUUUCCCAACCAACCCCCCUAUUUAACUUGAUAAUCAAUUAUGCUUCAUACAUUCUUAUCUCUACUCUUAUGUUCCUUGUGGUUUACAUUGAUUUCCAGGACAUGUUGUGUAUGGACGACUAGCCAGCCACUGUCUAUGUCACCGACAAAAUACCAAAUAUUUGGUUAUUUCACAAACUGCCAUGAAUUUUGCGCAACAAAAAUACGCAAGGUUCGAGAAUUCAACUUCAGACAAAUCUCUUGAUUAUACCAAAAAUCAGGGGCUGCAAGGAUUUAAGGCAGCGGUGAGUUCCAUUGUGGGCAGAGGACUAGAGAAGAGUUGCAGAGGCAUCAGAAAUUCAAGAAAUCUCGAUGACUCGAAGGAUAAUUCAACCUCAUGUGGAAAAAGGUUCAUUGACCCUCAGGGGCAAUUUCUGCAGCGAUGGAAUAAGAUCUUUGUAUUGGCCUGUGUCUUGUCAGUGUCCUUGGAUCCAUUGUUCUUUUACAUUCCUGUCAUCGAUGGGAAACGGAGGUGCCUUAACAUAGACAAGCAAUUAGCCACCACAGCCUGUAUUCUUCGAUCAUUCACUGACAUCUUCUACAUACUUCACAUCCUCUUUCAGUUUCAUACAGGAUUUAUUGCCCCUUCUACUCGCGUCUUUGGAAGGGGUGAACUCAUAACCAAUCACGUUGCUAUAGCAAAACGAUACUUGUCCACCUACUUCAUUGUAGACAUUUUAGCCAUCCUCCCUCUUCCUCAGGUGGUCAUUUUAGUUAUCAUUCCAAAAAUGGAUGGACCUGUUUCGCUGACUGCAAAAGACAUGUUGAAGUUUGUUGUCUUGUGCCAGUACAUCCCCAGGUUUUUCCGCAUAUAUCCCCUGUUUAAUGAAGUCACUAGAUCUUCUGGAUUAUUCGCUCAAACAGCGUGGGCUGGAGCUGCCAUCAAUUUGUUUCUCUAUAUGCUUGCCAGUCAUGUUGUUGGAGCCUUUUGGUACCUGAUUUCAAUCGAGAGGAAAGACAAAUGCUGGCGCGAGGCGUGCAAGGGUGACUGUGACAUUACCUACUUGUAUUGUAGAAAUGGUGUUGGCAUACACAAUUCAAUCCUAAGUGCUUCUUGCCCCCAUCUUGAGCCAGAAGAUAUUAGAAAACCAUCAGAUUUCAAUUUUGGCAUAUUUCUUGAUGCUCUGAAAUCCAAUGUGGUGGAAAUGGAAAAUUUCCCGCGUAAAUUUCUUUAUUGCUUCUGGUGGGGUUUGCGGAGUUUAAGUUCACUUGGUCAGAACCUGAAAACAAGUAGCUUUGUUGGAGAGAUUCUCUUUGCCAUCACCAUAUCUAUCGUCGGAUUAGUGCUAUUUUCCUUGCUCAUAGGCAACAUGCAGAAAUAUCUGCAGUCUAUUACCAUCAGAGAAGAGGAGAUGAGGGUAAAAAGGAGAGAUGCAGAGUUAUGGAUGUCCCAUCGUAUGCUCCCAGAGAGUCUAAGGGAGCGGAUCAAGCGUUAUGAACAAUACAAAUGGCAAGAAACCAGAGGAGUAGACGAGGAAUUUCUCAUCCGUGACCUUCCCAAGGAUGUGAGGAGGGACAUAAACCGCCAUCUUUGCUUGGCUUUACUGACUAGAGUGCCAAUGUUUGCAAGUAUGGAUGAACAAUUGUUGGAUGCUAUGUGUGAUCGACUCAAGCCAGUCCUUUACACGGAGAAGAGCUGUAUAGUCCGUGAAGGUGAUCCCGUUGAUGAAAUGCUCUUUGUCAUGCGUGGCAAAAUCUUGACAAUGAACACCAAUGGGGGAAGAACGGGUUUCUUCAACUCUGUUACUCUGAAAGCUGGUGAUUUCUGCGGUGAAGAGCUUCUUACUUGGGCUCUGGUCCCCAACUCUUCUUCUAGUCUUCCAAUCUCAACUAGAACUGUGCAAGCAGUAUCAGAUGUCGAAGCUUUUGCCUUAAUGGCUGAAGACCUCAAGUUUGUUGCCUCUCAGUUUCGUCGCCUUCACAGCAAGCAGCUUCAGCACACUUUCAGGUACCAUUCGGAGCAGUGGAGAUCAUGGGCAGCCUGUUUUAUACAAGCAGCAUGGCGGCGUCACUGUAAAAGGGAGUUUGAGAAGUCUUUACGAGAGAAUGAAGACAGACUUCAGAAUGCUUUGGCCAAAGAGGGUGGAACAAUACCAAGCCUUGGUGCCACCAUCUAUGCGUCGAGGUUUGCUGCAAAUGCGCUCAGAGCCUUGCGGCGCCAUCUCGUACCUAGUGCAAAUUUGCCACAGACAUUACUGAUUCAGAAACCAGAUGAGCCGGAUUUUAGUGCCCAAGAAACUAGAAAAUAAAUUCUUUCUGUGGCAUGACAAUAAAAACUCACUAGAUUCACCACAUUGUCUUAGCUUCCUCCAAUACACAAUUCCCUUUAGUGUACAAAUAUAUUUGAUUUUCAAAGCUAGUAUUUAAAAUUUGUUGAGCCUGUUAUAUAUGAUACCUUUCUUCAGA